CUUUUGGGGAUUGUCAACUGUGGCCAUGGCCCAAUCUCGGUUUCUCAUGUUGGUGAUGUGUUUCACCAUUCUCCAGUUUGGACGUGGCAGUGCCUCCCGCACCAAGAAAGCUGUUUCAGGACAGAGAGAAGAUGAUGACAUCAGAACACAGAUUGACAAACUUUGGCAGGAAAUCAACUCCUUAAAAGAGUUGCAGGCACUUCAAACGGUUUGCCUGCGUGGCAUCAAAGCCCACAGGAAGUGUUACCUGGUUUCUGAGCAGUCCAAGCAUUACCAUGAGGCUAAUGAGGACUGCAUCGCACAGGGAGGAACCCUGGCCAUUCCCCGAAACAUCAACGAAAAUGAUGAACUGAGAGACUACGCCAAACGCAGCUCACCUGUGUCCAAAGAUUUCUGGAUAGGCGUAACAGACAUAGUAAAGGAAGGCCAGUAUGUAGAUGUUAACAGCCAACCUAUCAAUUUCUUCCACUGGGAUCGGUCUAAGAAAGAACCCACUGGGGGGAAGAGAGAGAGCUGUGUUGCACUCUCCUUGGCAGCGCAGGGAAAAUGGCACGAUGAGGUUUGUCGCAGCCAAAAGAAAUAUGUCUGUGAAUACCUGAUUCCAUGAUGAGCAAGACAUAUGCCGUUAAAAUGGUAGUGUCACUGAAGCCAGUCAUUAAAAUUCAAACAGUAGGAAUAUGUGUCUUCUUUAUUCACUAGAAUGACAAAAGAAACUGUAAUUGAUUUUAUGAUGUUAAACUAUC